AUGUUCAAUCAAUCUUCUCGCAAACAUUGCAUAAUUUAUCGCCACAAACAGAAAAUUCUGACGGCAUUGUAUUUGAUAUUUGGAUCAGAAAGUCAUUUCGUUUGCGACCUUAUUUGCUUUAUUUAUCCAGCCUACAAAAGUCUUCGUAAAAUAGAUGAACAAUCAACAAAACAUGCCUUAAAAUGGCUAUUGUAUUGGACAAUAUUUGGCACAUUUACACUGAUCGAUCAAUUUGCUGAUACUAUCAAUCGAAUUAUACCGAUUUACUGGCUUGUUAAGUGCACAUUCUGUGUAUAUUUGUUUCUACCUCAAACUGAUGGAGCAAAUCGUUUCCGCGAUACUAUUUUAGCACCAAUUUUUCUAUUAUUACAUUAUAAACCUCGAGAAAUUGUCUCACUAUUUGAAUUACAAAUAAAUCGAUCAAAUGUGGGAAUACCCGCUAAGGCAGUAGAUUCGUCAACAUCACCCAUUCAGGCUAGUAUUGCGAAGAAAGUAGAUGUCGUCCGGAAAGCGCAAAUUCCAAUAAUCUUUAUCAUUGGUGCACCUGGUGCCGGAAAAGGAACGCAAUGUGCUAAAAUGGUUGAAAAAUACGGUUUAACGCAUCUCAGUACCGGAGAUCUUUUACGGAACGAAGUGGAAUCGUGUGGUGCAAGAGCCGAUUCAUUGAAAAAAAUGAUGCAAAAUGGGGAACUUGUUCCAGCGAGAAUUGUGCUAGAUUUACUGAAGGAAGCCAUGUCACGAGCAACGAUAAAUGGCAGUCGAGGUUUUUUAAUUGAUGGUUAUCCACGUGAAAUUAUUCAGGGAGAACAAUUUGAACGUGAGGUUCAAUCACCUGAUCUCGUCAUCUAUUUUAAAGCUGAUAAGAAAGUACUCUAUGAACGCUGUAUGAAUCGACAAAAAAUAAGUGGCCGAUUUGAUGACAGCUCUGAAACAAUCCAAAAACGAUUGAAAACAUAUGAAAUUGCUAGUACCCCGGUAGUUGAUUACUAUAACCAAAAAGGAAAGCUUCUACAGAUAACAUCAGAAGGAACAGUGCAAGAUGUAUUCGCGAUUGUUGAAACUCAUUUGGACAAAGUAAUAUCUAAAUUUCGCAGCUAA